AUGUUAUCUGCUUAUUUAGCAGCACGUGAAAAGUUCAAUGAACAUAUUGAACCAUUAACGAUACAUAAAAAAAAUCAAAAAAAAUCACUUGAAAAUGCGUCAACAUUAUAUUUGAAGCAAUUGUUAUUGCAUAAACAACAAAAAAGUGUUUUUCAAUCAUCAUCAGAAUUCUAUCGAAAAUCACAAUCAAAACGUUUCAAAAACGAACAAUAUUUAUAUAGUCAACAAUGUAAACCACUAUCCAUACCUCAAUUAUCUAUAAUAAAACUAUCAACUCAACCAACAUUAAAUGUUCAUAUAUUGAAACAAUGUCACCUCAUCGGACAAUUUGAUUGUAAAUUUUUAAUAUGUAAAUACAUUGAAAAUCACAAACAACAUUUAAUUGUGUUUGAUCAGCAUGCAUUAUCUGAACGAAUUUUACUUGAAAAUUUACAAGAAUAUUUUUCACAAUCAAAUCAUAUACAGCAAUUCACAUUUUUAAAUCCAAAAUUUAUCAAAUAUAAUCCAAAAUUUUUGUUUACACAAGAUCAGAUUCAGUUACUUAAAAAUGUCGGCUUUGAUUUAUUGUUAACCGUCAAUGGUUUACUUGUUCGUUGUGUACCUGGAUGGCUGUUAACAAUGGGACAACGCCGUCGUUGUCAUCAUAAUGAUAAAUCAAUUGAUGUCAUUAUUGAACAAUGUAUCGAAGAUAUUCUAUUAGAAACAACAAACAAUGGAGUGAUGUAUGAAACAUUAAAAUCGCUCGCAUGUCAUAAUGCAAUUAAAUUUAAUGAUUAUUUAUCGAAAACUGAAUGUAAAACUCUGUUACAAGAAUUAAGGGAUUGUAAAAUGCCGUUUAUAUGUGCACAUGGUAGAACAUCCGGUUCAUUAUUAUGGGAAUAUGAUAUGAGACAACAGGAUGAAUAUAAAGCGGAUAUUAAUGAAUUAACCAGUUUAGUGUCAGUGCAUAAAUGGUUAAAAAUAACAUCGAAGAAAUAUGAAAAAAGCAAGUGA